AUGACUAACUUUUUGUUAUAUAAAAAACUUGCAGGUACGACAGUCCCUACCACCACAACAACAACGUCAACCACAACGGUUCCAACAACCACAACAGCUCCAACAACCACAACAACUCCAACAACCACAACAGCCCCAACAACCACAACAGCUCCAACGACCACGACAGCUCCGACGACUACUGUUGCUCCACCUGAAGAGCAAUGUGGAAUUCAAAGCAAACAAGACGCAUUGUUUUCAAAAGGCCCAAUGUUACGAUUAUUGCAGAGCUCUGAUGCUGGUCAGUGUACCUUGCCGUGGAUGGUGUCAAUUAGAGGACGUAAGACAUCUUCUUCAAGCUUAACUCCGGACCAAGAUAAUACUUUUCCAUAUUGUAGUGGUGUUUUAGUGGACAAACAAUAUGUUUUAACUACAGCCGGCUGUGUGUUGUUUGCUAACUCUGCAGGCGGUGGUGGUGACCCGAUCAAAAACUUACUUCUGAUUGCUGGUGAAUAUGAUACCCAAAAUACAGACUACGGAGCAGAUUAUAAAGCAACUGAAAGCAUUUUCAAUGUAGCCGACACCAUAAUACAUCCUGGUUAUUAUAAAACAGAUGCUACUAAGUUUACUUCUUCUGAUAUUUAUGAUAAAACUGUCGAUAGAGAAUCAAACAAUCUAGCAUUAUUAAAACUGGAUCACCCAGCAGAAUUUAACAAAUGUACCCGUAAGAUUUGUUUACCAAGUGACAACAUACAGCAAAAAUCUGAUCAAUCUUGUACCGUAGCAUCUUGGGGAAACAACGUUUCUGAUAAAAUUGGCCAAGAUUUGCCUGGAAAACUACAGACAGCAGACGUAACUCUUCAACCAUCAAAUAUUGACAAUUUAAAACCAUUGACAACUACAGCUCAGUUUACGGACAACAACAACAGUGCAUGUUUGAGUGACAAUGGCGGAAUGGUAGCAUGUAAGAAUAAUAACCAGAGAUGGAUUAUCAAUGGUUUGAUUAAUCGUCCAGAAGUAUCUUUCUGUUCUCCUGGUGAAAAGUUACAAGUGACUGACGUUAGACAAGCUACAGCAUGGAUUAAACAACACAUCGCUUAA